AUGGACGGGCUUGCUGUACCCCUCACGCUAACGGCUCUUGCCAGCUUCUUCGGCCUCUUCUUCGUGAGACUUUAUCAGAAACAAGGUUUCCCUAUGCCGCCGCAUAGUUUCCUCUUCGGUCAUCUCAAAUUCGUCGCGAGCGUGGUGGGCAAGUUAUCACCGCAUGUCCAUGGCGUCUACAUUGCCGAUCAGAUCCGCCAGAAAUAUCCGGAGAUGGACACGGCCUUCUACCUCGACAUUUAA